CAGUUUGUAGUUUAUAGAUUAGCUGGCUAGCAUUUGCUAGCAACGUAAAUAGAAAGGAAAGGAAAGAAAAAAAUCCAAGUAAGAAGAGCUCUUUCCUGCAGAGGUGAGAUGACUUCUUCAGUCCUCGACCAGUCACCUCCACUGGUCCCAAACUUGGAGUCAGGGAUGGGGCGGUCUGCUGCCAUGCUGGGGCUGUCUGCUGGGCUCGGAGGGGCAGAGAUGGAGCUGCAGAAGAUGCUGAUUGACGAGAAGAUGAAGUGUGAAAUCCACCGGAAAAAUUACCAGACACUGAAAGCUGAACACACAAGUUUACAGGAUAAGCUCAUCCAAGCACAGGGUGAACUGAAGCGCCUGUGGGGCGACAAGCAGGCCGACCAGGAGAAAAUGCAGCUGCUGUUGGCUGAGCUUCAAGGUGAACUGCAGGACAAAACCAGAGAGGUGGAGGAGCUUCGAAUGAGGGUGAUGACUCCCCAGCGGCUGGAGCUGCUCAGAGCUCAGGUACAGCAGGAGAUGGAGGUUCCAGUCAGAGAGAGAUAUAAUCAACUGGAGGAGGAAGCAGAGAAGUACAGAUCUGAGUACAACAAGCUGCGAUAUGAGAACACCUUACUGAAGACACAGUUUGAGCACCAGAAAGAAGAACACGCUCGUGAGCUGGAGGAGAAGAAGAUACGCUAUGGAGCAGAAAUCUCUCGUCUGGAGAGGGACAAGGAAGACAUGGUGGCUCAGUACCAGAGUUCAGACCCAAUGCGUGAUGGGAAACGAGUGGAGGCACUGCUGCGAGAGAAAGCCCAGCUCCACCUGAGGUUAAAGAACUUGGAAGCAGAGGUGGCUGAGCUCCACGCCCAGAAAGAAAACUCAGGCCAACAAGCUGAGAGCGUCCAACGCAUCCAGAUCAGACAGCUCUUAGAGUCUCAGGCGGAGGUGAAGUCGCUGGAGGCGGAGCGUCAGUCGUUGCGUCUGCAGCUGGAGCGGAUGGAGAGUGAGCUUCACGCAAGCAACGAGCAGAACAGUCAGCUCACUGUCCGCCUGCACAAAGCUGAGAGAGAGGUCAACUCUCUCACCUCCAAGGUUGAAAGUCUGAAGCAUUCACAUAAACUGGAGGUGACCGAGAUCAAACUUGAGUGCACACGCUCUAAAGGGGAUUUGGAGAGGGAGAGAGAUGCACUGAAAGGACAGAUUGAUGUCCUACAAACAGACUUGGAGAUCCUGAAUUUUACAGUGGAGCGGCACAAAGAAGCUCUGGUGGAAAAAGAGAGGGAGAUCGUCCGGAAGGUGCAGUCCGCCCGAGAAGAGGAGUUCAGCAAGACGGCCCUGUUGCACGAAGAAAAGCUGGAGUUGGAGAAGCAACUUGCUAAUCUUGAAAAGCAGAGGGUGCUGCAGGACGCUGCCAGCAAGGACUACAAAGAGGAAUGGGAGGAGCGUCUUCGUAAUGCCACACAGGGAGAGGAGUCGGCUCGUAGUGAGCUGCAGAACCUCAGAACCAAACUACAGAAGCAAAGCUCAAAGAUUGAGGAACUGGAGCGACAGAAAGGACAAAUUUCUGACCUACAGCGUCAGAACCAGGAGCUCGGUCUCCAGCUGGGGACUAUUUCUCACUCUGAGAGUGACCUAAAAGCGACAAACCAGCGACUGAAAGAAACCCUGGAGGAAGUGAGAGAGGAGCUGAGAACGGCCAGGGGACAGGCUGAGAAAAGCCAAUACGAGGCAGAGAGGAUGGUGGAGGACCGUCGGGUGGAGUGGUUGGAGGAGAAACACAAGCUGCAGGAGCGAGAGGCUGAGCUACAGCAGAAAUACUCUCAGGCAAAAGAGAAGCUGCAGAGGGCAGCAGGGGCUCAGAAGAAGAGAAAAACACAGACGGAGAACAGAGAGAAGAGGUUGAAAGAUAAAAUCCAGCUGCUGGAGGCCAAAAUAGAAGAGGUGGAACUAGAAGCUGCCGCAGCUAAGAAACGUUCAAACUUCUCAGAGGAGCAAGCUCAACUCAGCAGACGGUUGAAGGAGCUGCAGAGACGACACAAUGAGUUCAGACGUCUUCUAUUGGGUGGCCAGGGUCCCUACAAUGUUGGACCCGCCUUCCUGACCUCCACACCCACUCCUUUUCUCCUCCUUGGGUCUGAUGGACAAAUGUCCAACAUACCAGAGGAGCAGCAUCAGAAAGAGCUGUCUCUGCUCCGUCGGAGGCUGGAGGACCUGGAGAACGCUCAGCAGCAGCAGAUGGAGGAGCUGGGAUCUUUAGUGCAAAGGGACCGGCACACACACCAGCCUGACCUCUGAUGUCCACAAUACUACCUUAAUAAAUCAGAGCCCACUGGAGUCCCAUCUGUUAAUCUAGAGGGAAGCUGUGCCUGUUUUUGCCACCACAAACAUAUCAGUGUUUUUAAAAGCAAUACAUGGGCUAUUUCCUCUACAAUAGUUAAUGAAAGUGGAUUUUCACAGUGUCUUUACAGUUUUGAUUGGUUGUGGUUCUAUGAAAUGUGACAGCACCUUUUAAAUAUGGACUUCGACUUCCUCAGGUUUUGAUUUUGUACUGAGAUGUUUGUUGUUUACACAUUGACUCCGCAAACUCUCUGAAAAGUUUUAUACUGUUGACUUUAUACAAAUUGCACAAUAUUGAUACAGACUUUUGUUGUACUUGAAUUGUACUGAUAAAAUAAUGCACAUAUAAA